GAUUGAAGCUUGUUUGAUAAAAAUUUCUCAUGUUAAAUUUGAUGAUUAUUGAAUUUACUAAAACUUUUCGGAAUUUAAUGUAGUGUAUUAAUUAGAUAAAAUAUACUGAAUACCGCAAGAGUUGUUUUGAGUUUUUGUAUACCACCGGGAACACGUUACAAUGUCCUGAAAGUGUUUACUUUAUUACUAAAGGAGACAUCAGACAAGCGGCUGAGAUAAAACAUGGAGGUAUCGAGUAAUACGGACGCCGUCAAUUUAGGGGUUGGGGAAGUGGAGGCGGAAAUUGGAGAAGAAUUAAAGCAGCUAGAUGAGGGAAAGCAUUACGACACGCGUAGUGAAGUUUCAAGUUCUUCUGAAAGUAAGUCGAGUAUUCCAAGUAUUAGCUCCGUAAGCACUAACAAGUCAAAGGAUAAACGCCUCGGUCGCAAACGGGCUAAGUCUUCAAGUCAUUCCCCUGUGCAAAGUAAAAGACGCCUCACUACCAGUACUUCUAAAAUAAAGAAGUAUGAUUAUAUGACAAAGUUGAAUUACUUAUUUCGAGACACAAGAUUUUUUCUUAUAAAAUCUAACAACGCAGAAAAUAUAACUCUUUCAAAAGCGAAAGGAGUGUGGUCGACUUUGCCACAAAAUGAAGCAAAUUUAAAUCAAGCAUAUAGAGAAUCUAGAAAUGUUCUAUUAAUAUUCUCUGUAAAAGAAAGUGGAAAAUUUGCAGGAUUUGCUAGACUUUCUAGUGAAUCUAGGAGAGAUGUUCCACCAAUAUCUUGGGUCCUGCCUCCUGGCCUCUCAGCAAAAGUUUUAGAUGGUGUUUUUAAAGUUGACUGGAUAUGUAGAAAGGAAUUAUCGUUCAGCAGCACCUUACACCUUUAUAAUCCCUGGAAUGAAGGUAAACCUGUAAAAAUUGGUAGAGACGGGCAAGAAAUUGAACCUAAAGUAGCUGAGGAAUUGUGUAGGCUAUUUCCAGAAGAUGAAGGAAUUGAAAUGACUCCAAUUCUAAGAAAGUCAAAAGAGUCAUCUAAGAAAUCAUACCUAAAAAGUGGUGGUAACUAUAGAACUUAUAGGGCACCACUAUCAUCAAGAGGCUCUAACUUUAGGAAUCGUGUAGGAAGCACAUCGAGAAACAGACGAAAGAUGUUUAUGUCUCCGAGAAGUCGUUUGGGGUCCAGUUCCUACAAAAGAAGAUCUCCCUCCCCAUAUGUACGUGACAGGCUGCCAAACUGGUUCACAAGAGGCAGAGAAGGCUUUAACAGUAGCAGUUCUGCAGCAGCCGAAGCUUAUGUGGCGGAGUACAUGAGGUCCAUGCACCAUCAAUUGCCACCACUGCCAUAUGUUCCUCCACCUGGUUUCAGCGGGCCAAUAGCAACAUACGAUGGCUUGCCUCCACCUCCGCCGCCACCUCCACCAAGAUAUUACGAAUUACCGGACUACCCGCGAUCAGUGCUAGUGUACGAUAAAAGGUCUUAUGAAAGAUCUGUUGAUGAGUUUUUGUGGCGUACAACAGAUAGGUCACGAGCUCGGAGCCGUGAACGAGAUACACAUCGAUCCUACAGGGAUCGUCGCUAAAGUUUUUCACCCAUGUAUUGCUAUUUCAUUGCUAAUAAAAAUGUGUCUUGAAC